UGUAUUCUAUUGGACUGGGACAGAAAGAAGCACCAUGAGGACGGGAAGCAUACUUUUCCUGGUUACGAUGUUUUGCCUUAUCAGCAUUUCAUUCUGCUGCGACGACAUGGGAUUCUAUCGUGAGGCAAGACGCUGCAAAGAGAAACUCGAAGAUAACCUCCGCAAGACGGCUUCGACGCGAAGCUGCUGUCCCUAUUACCAACUGACGCAAUGCCUCAGUAUGGCCCAUCGGUACACCGACUGUCCCAAGUCCUUCGCAGACCAACAACUUGGCAUCAUUCGGCAGGAGAAUGGACUGCAGCAGCGGCAUUGCUCGGGCGGGAAAGAAUUAUGCGCUCAAUAACCUUUCGGGGACUAUAGUAAACCGUCCUUUACACGACUACUCUGUUUACUACGCCCUCGGGAAAUACAAAACGAAAACAUCUUUGUCCUAUGUGAUAUCUCAUUUGGUGAUUUCUAUAUUCAAAUCGGCUGAAUAAAUCGCCCGACUACAUCCUCGGGCAUAAGUGCA